AUGAGCGAUUGGAAGAGGCCCGCCAGUGUCCCUUUUCCUUCUAUAUGGAGGAAAUUUGAGGGGAAAAAGGAGGUGAACGGAAAAAAGAGGCAGUACUGGAUUCAGGAUAUAUCGGACGACCUUCUAGAGCCCGCCAUCAAUUAUAUGUGCACAGGGUUUUUGCCAGAAGAAGCUAUCUGCAAAUAUAACAAAUUCAUUGAAGACCCAUUGGUAGUCGAAGAAAUUAGAAAACUAUGGGAAAAGGUAUCAGAACAAAAAUUAGGUUUAAUUUGUCUGACCAAAAAUGACUCUGGACAAAAUGAAAUUGCUGGUGUUAACAUGACCUACAGAUCUUAUAAAGGGGAAUCCGAAGAUUCAUCUUGGGUUAAAACAAAGAAAAUGAAGAUAUUACUGGAGUUAAUAAAAUACAUCUAUGGAAUAGUUGAGGCAUAUGAGACCCUAAAUAUUGACCACCAAUUGACAGCUUUGGGAUUAUUUGUGGUGCCAAAAUAUAGGGGAGAAGGUUUAGGAGUCCAACUUUUAAAAAGCAGGGAGGAUCUAUGUCGUGCAGUUGGUAUUCCUGCAUCCUUGACCCUGUUCACUUCACUAACCUCACAGGCUGUGGCUAAAAAGUCCGGCUUCACAGAAUUGGUAGACGUGACUCAUGACGAAUUGGAAAAAGUGAACCCUGAUUUCGUACCACCCGGUAUACGGGAAGCCGCCAAAUCUAUGAAGUACAUGUAUAUUGUUUACAAAUAA